UGUUUUAGUCAAAAAAUAGAUUCCAACACUAGGCGAUCCAAAUCUUGUUUGAUAGCUGGUUCAAGUUGUUCCAAGGCAAAGUUCGCCAUCUUCUCUUGGUUUAAUAUCUUAUGAAUCAGACCAAUUUUCCCUUUGAAUGGCCUACUAAACCACAUUUUGAUCAGAGACCUAGAUGGUUCAUACAUCAUCUUUAGAUCUUUGCAUUUAAGUUUUUUCCAGGACGUAUCAAACAUAUCUGAUAUUGAUAAACAAAUUCAUGGAUAACAUUCUACAAUAUAAUUUUUCAUGUAACACUCGGAUCGAUGGAUGGUUCUACAUAUAUGACGUUCUUAAUGGACAUAUUCUCUACGCAACACACAAUGAACCGCUCCGCCUAUAACAUUUAUAAACUUCUAAUACGUUUUAUAUUAUAUAAUCUGUUAUACUUGUAUCAGCUAGUAAUUGAACUCUAUACUUGAUAUAAAAACAUCUAAAUACAUGGUACUUUCACAACGAAAAAAGAGUAUCAAGGUAUCAAAUCUUAGAUACGGCCCAAUAUGCAUUUAACGAGCCAUCAAUAUUGGUCAAGUAGUGGGCACACUUUUCUGAUGUCUUAUAAUCGAAAGGUCGCUCACCGACUUUUUUAUUUACCUCUGUUUUUCAAAAUGACAUUCUGCUCCGGCAGAUGCACCGCUGCUCUCCUCCUGGUACUCUCACCCGUUCCUAUAGCUUAUCUCAUUUACUUAGAGCGAGCUGUUCCUUCUACACACGUCAUCUCUUAUCAUAGCUCCGGCUUCUUACGUGAGUGCGCCAAAUGGGAUGAUGUAGGUCGGAGGUUCCUUGUGUCCUUCAUGGACGGAGGAGGAAUCGGCGAGGUUGUUAUUAGAGAUUCGGACAGUGAUGAUAGCGAGGUGUUGGAGGAAGUCAUUUUGGUCAAAGACGUUGACAUCGCCGGAAACGCUUCUGCUGGAAUCGUUAUCGACCGCGACAGAAACCGUCUCCUCGUUGCCAUCGGCGAUCUGGUUGGAAAUAAGUACAGCGCUUUAGCGGCCUAUGAUUUGUCCACGUGGCAUCGUAUCUUCCUUACAGAGCUUAGUGGCUAUAGUAAAGAGAUAUCAUUCGCAGACGAUGUAGCUUUUGAUGCACAAGGCAACACUUAUGUUACCGAUGCAAAAGGAAGUAAAAUCUGGAAAGUUGAUGUCAAUGGGAAGCUCGUGUCCACUAUUAAAAGCCCUCUCUUCACUCCACCUGGAUGGUUCAUUAACCUGGUCGCUCUUAACGGCAUUGUUUAUCACCCAAACGGGUUCCUCAUCGUUAUCCACACUUUUUCCGGUUUGCUAUACAAAAUCGACCUAACGGAAGGAGAUGAUAGUAAUAAAGUCAAUGUCAUUGAGGUUACUGGUGGUACAUUGAGGUUUGGAGAUGGGAUCGAAUUGUUGUCUCCAACAAAGAUUGUUAUUGCAGGUAAUCCUUCUACGAGAUUGGUGGAAAGCUCAGACGAGUGGCGGACAGCUUCUGUGACGGGUUUAUUCAGGAGUGGUAUGUUUCAUCGGUUAGUCUCAGCGGCUACUGUGAAGGAAGGAAGAAUUUAUCUAACCCACAUUGUUGGGUUUGGGUCUAAGAAAAGACACAUACUUGUAGAAGCUGUGUUUUAGCCGUUGUUAUGUAAUAAUCCUUUGAUUACCUCUUUGCACAAAAUUAUGAUCAAAUUUAAAUCAUUUUUAAGUUUAUUUGAUAAAUUAAUAAAUAUUUUAUUUAAAAUUUGGUGUAGUAUGUUACCAUGUAACUCUAUAAUAUUGUAAAUAAAAAUAUACCAUUAUAUAUUAACACUAAGGGCAUUGUCCCCACGCAAGCGCGGGGUUGUGGACAUAGUUUUUGUUUCAUCUCAAUAUUUGUAAAGGUUAUUGUAGCAGUGAAUUUUACGUUUUGGAUUGAUCAUUGUUUUCAAGUUUUUUUAUUGUUAUAGGAUUAUAGUUGUGAUGAUGAAUUGUGUAUGCACUGUUCUCCACAUAAAGGACUAAACUGUGUUAGUAAUGUGAGUGAUAUAGUUCGGGGUGUUGCUUGUUGUGGCACUGAAACUUAUUGUUUGUUUGUCUUUUUAAUUUGUUACUUGUACUGUUGAGAUUACAUAAAUUAUUUUAUGGUUGUUGAGAGUACCUUUUAUUUCUGGAUAUUUUUUCUCAAG